AUGGACGCCAGGGGCUCGGAGCUGCAGUGGCGCGACCUGCACCUGCUGCACGUGCACCGCGACACGCUGCGCUGCGCCUUCACGCGAUGCAUCGCCUGCUGCUACAAGAUCGCGCUGCACAGCCGCCCGGGGCUGCUGCCCAACGUGCGCCCGGAGAUGUGUCCGCGCAUGGCCGAGCCUACGGAGCAGCAGCAGCAGACGCAGACGCAGCACUGCGUGGGUCUGUUCGACGCCAAGCACGUGCAGCGCAUCUUGACCGUGGGCGACGGCAACUUCUCGUACUCGCUGGCGCUCGCGCGCGCGCUGGGUCCCGACUCGGGCGUGACGCUGGUGGCCACGUCGCACGAGAGCAACAAGACGGUGCUGGAGACGUACCCGGACGGCGAGAAGAUCCUCGCCGAGCUGAACGCCAUGCCGCACGUGACGGUGCAGCACGAGGUGGACGCCACGGACGCCGAGCAGAUGAAGCAGCUCGGACUCUUCGACCGCGUCAUCUGGAACUUCCCGUGCGUGCGCGCGCCGCGCGGAGAGGACGGACAGAACCAGGAGAUGGAGAUGAACAAGCAGCUCCUGCACGGCUUCUUCGCCCACGUGGGGCAGAUGCUCACGCCCACGGGUGAGGUGCACGUGACGCACAAGACCAAGGCGCCGUUCGGCCAGUGGGGCAUCGAGAACAUCGCCAAGACCAACAAGCUGCGUCACCAGCAGUCUGUCAUCUUCGAUCGGUGCCUGUACCCGGGCUACUCGAACAAGAAGGUGCUCUCGAAGGGCUCGUUCCCGAUCUGGGACUCGCAGACGUUCAUUUUCGUGCCGGAGGACCGCGCGCAGCCUGAGACGCCAGCUGAAGCUGAAGGCGCCGACGCCAAGGGUGCUGGAGACAAGGAGAACACCGUUCCUGUCGAGCCUGUCACGAUGGACACCCUCAAGAAGAUUUACUUGCUGUUGACCCCAUCGCUUGAUGACAUGCUCGGGGGCAAGAAGAAGAGGAAGGGCUUCAACAACAACAAGGUUCCCAAGAUUGUUAGCAAGCAGGAUGGCGACAGCAGCAACAAGGGCAAGAGCCACGCGAAGGGAGGCAAACAGUCGGGCAGGAAAAAGGGCCGCAGGUCAUGA